UCCCCUUUUUUCUUUUCUUUUCUUUUUUUUCUUUCUUUUUAAUUUUUUUUUUUUUUUGCUUCAUUGUUUCUGCUAAGCAAUUCAUUUCCAGACUUUGUACUUCAGAAGCCAUGGGAAAAACCAGCAGUCCUCCAACUCAAUUAUUUAAGUGCUGCUUCUGUGAUUGCUUGAAGGUCAAGAUGCACUUCAUGACCUCUUCACAUCUCUUCUACCUGGUCCUCUGCUUGCUCACCUUCACCAGCUGUGCCACAGCUGGACCAGAGACGCUCUGUGGGGCUGAACUGGUGGAUGCUCUUCAGUUCGUGUGUGGAGAUCGGGGCUUUUAUUUCAACAAGCCCACUGGCUAUGGCUCCAGCAGUCGGAGGGCACCUCAAACAGGCAUCGUGGAUGAGUGCUGCUUCCGGAGCUGUGAUCUGAGGAGGCUGGAGAUGUAUUGUGCUCCCCUUAAGCCUGCCAAGUCUGCCCGCUCUGUCCGUGCCCAGCGCCACACUGAUAUGCCCAAGACUCAGAAGUCUCAGCCCCCAUCUUCCAACAAGAAAACGAAGCCUCAGAGGAGAAGGAAAGGAAGUACAUUUGAAGAACGCAAGUAGAGGGAGUACAGGAAAUAAGAACUACAGGAUGUAGGAAGACUCUCUUGAGACGUGAAGAAGAAUAUGUCACCAUUGGAUCCUUUACUCCAAGGGAGUUACCUAUUAAACAUUGGAACACCUACCAAAAAAAUAAGUUUGACGACAUUUCAAAGAUGGGCAUUUUCCUCCAACGAAAUACCUAAGUAAACAUUCCAAUGUUGUCUUUAAGAAUGAUUUGUUAAGAAGGCUUUUUUGCACUUUGCAAAAAUGGUCCUGGAGUUGGUAGAUUGCUAUUGGUCUUUUAUCAAUAAUAUUCUAUAGGAAAAAUAUAUAUAUAUAUAUCUUAGUCCCUGCCUAUCAAGAUCCACAAAUGCAUGGAUGUUGUAUAGAUCCAGUUGCACUAAAUUUUUCUGUGAAUCCUGGCUGCUGAAGCCAUUCAUUCAGCACCUUGUCUAAGUGUUUAUGAAGUGUUUUCUUAAUUGUGAUCUUUCUAUAUAAUAUAAACCGUUGGUUUUGGAGUCUGAUGAUCCCUCUUUAUGACAUUUGUUUUUGUUGAAUUUGGCCUCUUCCAAAGCAGUAAAUACCAAGUAAUCAAAUGGCCCACUAAUUUUUAACUCACACAAUUCCACCUGUGGCAUUUAUACCGAAUAUAAGUUUGAUGCAUUUAUUCUAGGCACAAAGCUUCAUUUUUUCACAUCACACUACAAAAAGAACAUAUAUAUAUAUAUGUACAUUGCAAAUAGUUGCAACUUGAGGCCAAUCAUUUUUACAUGUAUGUUCAAAACAGAAAGUCUCCUAAAGCUCUCAAUGGUUUCUUCGAAUGAGUUAGUGUGUAACCUGAUUAGUAACUGCUCUCUUUUCACUUCUCCCAUAUAGAGCACUAUGUAAAUUUAGCAUAUCAAUAAUACAAGAUAUAUCAAACAGUAUGUAAAACUUUGUUGGUUUUUUUUUUAGUACAAUGGUGCUAUUUUGUAGUUUGUUAUAUGAACGAGUCUGGUCAAAAUGGUAAAUGGUGAAAGCAAAAACAAAAGGGAAAGCAUGAGGAUGCCAAAAAUGACCCAAAGAGAAAGGAAA